AUGAAUAUCCGUCAGCAGUUGACCCAAUUCUUGUCGUUGGCGUACGUGUUUACGUCAGCGUUUGUGAUCUGGAAGUCUCUUGGAAUCAUCACAAAUUCUCAUUCGCCAAUUGUCGUUGUGUUGUCUGGAUCAAUGGAACCAGCCUUUCAAAGGGGAGACAUCUUAUUCCUCUGGAAUCGGGACCAAGAAGCAAAGGUUGGAGAUAUCGUAGUUUACGAAAUUCAAGGAAGAAAUAUCCCCAUAGUUCACAGAGUAUUGAGAGAACAUCAUAAUUCUGACAAACAAUUAUUGUUAACCAAAGGUGAUAAUAAUGCUGUAGAUGACCUUGGAUUGUACGCCAAGAAACAAAAGUACUUGAAUCAAAAGACAGACUUGGUCGGCUCUGUUAAGGCAUACUUGCCCAAAUUGGGCUACGUCACAAUCUUGAUAACUGAAAACGUCUACUUCAAGUAUGGUAUGUUGGGUCUCAUGUGUAUCUCAACCCUCCUCACCAACGAGUAG